UCUGUGUGUCAGUACUCAGUCUGGUUCUUGUAAGUGCGUGUGCAAAUUUUUGUUGCGGUCCGUAUUAAAGGCUGACAGAAAUAUCGACUGUGAGUUUAGUGAACCGAAUGUUACUUAAUUUGGGAACAGAAAAGAGUGCAUUUCCCAAUGACCACAACGAAUAUGAUCAACAGAAUUUGAAAUAUCAAACGAACAAAUAAAAACUGAUAUUUUCUUCAUCCAUAAAAGUUGCAUUUUGAACGUCUCCCACAAGAAUGGAGGUGACGCCAAUCAUCGCAGUUCUUCUUCUUCUUCUUCUUUUACACACCUCAUCACGGACAGCGUAUUCACAGUCGGAGAACUCACAGUGUUCCAGACAAGAUUAUGAUCUUUGCGUGAAGAUGGCUGAUCCGUUGUUGAAAGAUCCACAUCUUAUUUUUCCGGACAACAGGGCUGACAUUGAUCUUGUUUGCAGACGAUGGAGUCAGUUUGUUGACUGCGUGAAGAGAUAUACAGAUCGCUGCUUUACUGAGUCUCGGAGACAGGAAUUCAACAAAGCCGUCGAGAAUCCCGUGGAUUCCGUUCAUCAGAUGUGCACUGUCACAAAAUAUCAAACAGAAUAUCUGAAGCAUGCAUCGUGCAUAAAGUCAACUUUGACACAGGAUGAACACUGCGGCAGGCACUACCACCAUCUUGUGGACCAGGUGUCUGGCGAAGCCAACCGAGUCAGCCUUUGUUGCUCACACCUUCGCUUCCGUGAGUGUGUGCUGGAGGAAACAAAGCGGCAGUGUGACUCGGGAACGGACGGAGGCUCUGCCACGCACUUCUCGAGACAGAUGCUGGACAAAGCUCUCAGUUUUCUGCGUGAUCAAUGCUACAAUUACAUCCCAACCACAGGGGAGUGUCCUGGACUGUCAAUUCUCACAAACCCAUAUAAUGGACAGGAUGAAAGCACCAAUAACAGAAAGAAUGUGCCUGAUCAACAGCACAGGCCCAGUAAUCACCACCCGUAUUCUCCAGAUGUCACUAGUCACCCAUGGCAAUCGCAAGGAACAGGGGCAGAUAGGAGAGGGAUGACUUCUUCAGAAAUAGAGGGACCAAGUCCCUGGAUGCCUAGUGGAGGAGGUUCAGGACACAGAUCAUCAUCUGCUAGGGACAGCUGGACUCCAGUUUCAGAUGCCAGUAGCAUCAGCAGUAGCAGUGCGCCACCGUAUGAUUCCAUUCAACCAAACAAUGAGUACAAUAAACCAUCGUGGCUGCCUGGACAGUCGUCGGAUACCGGCGUCAGUCGCAGCGUUCACACUCCGUCAGACAUUACAUCCCCUGCUCUCCCCACAUCAACUUACCCUACAAUGGGACAAGUUCCCAACAACAGACCGUCCAGUUACGGGCGAGGUAUUACGUGGACACCUUCAACAGAUUCUCAGACAUCCAAUUCUGAUUUUGGAAGCAAUACUUGGCACGUUUCUUCCAAUGGUGCGGUUUCGAGUCAGCACCCCACAGAACCUUGGUACCCAGCUGUUGGUAAUUAUGGCAGUAAUUCCGUGGAUGAACCAAACCAACAAGGACUGUCAAACAACAACCUGGCAACAAGGAUUCUGGUUACGAGUGAUAUGAUGUUGAUCAUUGCAUCAAUAAUGAUGUUUGUGUUAAUCUAGUGUUACUAAUUAUCGAUGCCACAUCCGUGAUUGAUGACGAGUUUGAUUUGGGAGCAUAUUGUAUUUUGUAAAAUUGUCUCGAGGGCUGUGUUAACUUGUACGGAAUCAACUUCACUGUAGGUUGAUUUAAUAGGGAGUUUAUUUCUAUGAAUGAGAUGACAUGGACCAGUACCAAAAAAGUAAGGGAAAAUCUCAGAAAUAAACUAUUACGUAGCAGUUGGAAUACAGAUUAAUCAAUAACUUAAGCACAGCUGAGACUAGGACAUGAGUCCGACAUAUUUGGGAGUGAGAAAUAAUUUAGUUCAUAUUGUGAUGUCUCUUUAAUACAUAAAGUGUCGCUGACUUGUUUUCCUUUAUUUUGUAUACUUAAAAUAUGUUUGCUAAUAAAGGUGGGCACGAUUUUAGGGCAUUACCAUUAAAGACAAAGCACUUAAAAAUCCUGGUGCUCUUACACUUCAAAUUAAGGAAUAUAAAAUGAAAAAAGACUAUCGGUAGGUUUCCACAGGCUUUGGUGUUAAUGAUGCUGAAACUUUGGGUUCUGCUGACUGAAUUUUAUUUAUUUGUAAUAUAAAAACAGUGUUGAUAAGGUGUCACACUGUACAGUGUGAGAUUCACCAAAUUUAAAAAUGAGUAUUUACGGAAUUUGUAUUAACUGUACUGUACUUUAAUGGCUUCUACCACUGCAUAAUUAUCUUAUAAUUGAUUCCAUAGUAAAUAAACAAACUGCAUAUAAUUCCUUUGAAA